CUGAAAUGUAUACCGUGUUUUGUAUAAGUUAAAACUUAACUAUGGAUCCAAGUUCUGGUAUACAAGCAACCGAUCGAGCUACAUUAUUAUCUCCACAAAGGCCGAGGAGCAGUGGUCCUACAGAAAAAGCAAGUACAACGGGCGUAAAGGAAAAACACAAUGUUGGCCCCACAGAAGUUCUUACAGCGCAUGCCGAAAGAUUUCGAAUGCGACUAAUCCGUGAUUUUCGUUUGUUGGAAAACUUGAACGAAAUGGAGCAAGGGUUGGAAGCGCCGAAAUAUCAUCCUGAAGACAUUGAGAAUAGAAAGAAAAGAAACAAAAUUCUGUCAGAAAACCCAUACGCCCUCGUCAAGUUUAGCCCAAUCCCAAAACUCUUGUCAGUGGUAACGAAGCAAGAACGCAGAUUCAAAAGAAUCAAAUGUCGCGAAACGACCUACCCCCCUCUAGACAUGUGGGCGAACUGGGUGGUCGAAAGUAACUUGUUCCAAAACUUUAUGUUAGUGCUUAUAAUAUUCAACGCUGUGCUUCUAAUAGUUGACGCUGAGAUCGGCGAAUCAACAGACCCAAAGUAUAUUAACACAGUCCGAAUCGUAAGGACGUGCGAUUAUUGCUGCCUGUGGAUAUUUAUUGCGGAGAUUAUUUUAAAAUGGAUUGAUGAUUUCAAAUCAUUCUGGAAGAACGGAUGGAAUGAAUUGGAUUUUUACGUCACAGUUGUUUCUAUUCUGCCUGAAUUGAUUCGGCUCGUAAACAGCGACGCUAGUGGAUCGGGAAUGGUCCAAACCUUAAGUUUUCUACGUGUAUUAAGAAUAACAAGGUUGCUGAAAAUGGUAUCUCGUUUCGAGCAAGCCCGGAUCAUAUUGAUGGCAGUUACCAAAGCGUUCAGUGCAAUGUCAUUUAUAUUAUUACUGCUCGCCCUAUUUAUGUGGAUGUUCGCUUUAAUGGGUGAAGUCAUAUUUGUGAGAUACACACAGUACGAUGGUCGAAGCCACGGAACACAACUACUUUAUCAAAAGGCAUUCUCUGAUAUUUUAUGGUCGUUUGCAACUUUGUUCCAACUCAUGACGUUGGACCACUGGUUGGAAACUUUAUUGGACCUCUUAAAAGUGAUGACAACGCAAUACGAAUCUACCAUCACCGUUGUAUAUAUCCUUUCAUGGAUAUGGGUUGGGUCGUUUGUAUUUAAGAAUAUAUUCGCUGGUAUAAUGGUCAAUAACUUUCAAACUAUAAGAAACGAUCUGCACUGGGAGAAGAAGGAAAAAGAAGCGAAAAGCGAGGUUGAUAAGUUUAAGAGGGAAUUCACUGAAGAACUACGAAGGGUUGAAGAAGACAACAUAUCGGAUGAUCUCAUUUUCCCCGCCCAAGCAAAUACAAGCGACACCGACGAGGUGCGGCCGAUCCAUGCGAUUCCUUCAAUAGCCGUUCAUGGCGCCGAUGACGCUAAUGCUGACGACAAACUCUCCGCUCAAGAAAAAGACUUCACGCUCGCUACAUCGCUGGUACAGAAAAGAUCAGCCCUAUCCAUGUGGUCGCAUAUGUCGGUGUCAUCUUUACCGUUUUCUGAACACAUUGAAAUGAUGGAAACUCUGCCUGAAUCGAACGAAGCCGUGAAGCAAGCCCAAUGGGACAAUAUUGUUCAACGCCACGUGGACCUCACCAACCGACCAACCACAGAAGCCGUGUGGUCACGUGACGUCCUAUUCAAGUUUUACCAAGCCAUGGAAAAUAUGCAGGAAAAUCUCCAAGAACGAAGCGAUAUUUUGUCACUUUUAAACCUAGCAUUGUUGCAAAUACACGACCGUUAAAGGAUGACAACACACACGA